AUGCACUUCACCACCCUCGCUACCCUCUUGGCCGCCCCUGCCAUGGUGCUGGCCACCUUGGAUCCGGCCUCCUCCAACACAAAGGGCAAGAAGCCCAGCAGCCUAAACUGUAGCGCCGCGAAGGUCUCCACAGCAAUCCAGGCCGCGGAAUGCUCGCACAACACCCGCACCUCUUCAACGCAAACCUUCGCCGUCUUCGAAACAGAUCACCAGUACGACUCGAACCACGGUGCCCCCUACGGCACCUGCAGCGCCUACACCUGUGAUCCGCCGUCCAGCAAUGAACUGGAGACGGACUCAGAUUACUGGAUCUUUUACUGGAGUGAUGAGGGUGAAAGCAGUGGGUAUGGCACUACUUGUAUUAAGGAUCCGAAUACUGGAGAGUGUGGGUGCGAGAAUUCGGAUGGCACGUUUGUUGCAGGGAGUAGCAGUUGCUCUUAG